GUGAAUGUUGAUGACACCAUUGAAAUGUUACCAAAAUCAAGAAGAGCUCUGACCAUUCAAGAGAUUGCUGCAUUAGCGCGAUCCUCCCUGCAUGGUAUUUCCCAGGUGGUGAAGGACCAUGUGACGAAGCCUACAGCAAUGGCUCAGGGCAGAGUGGCCCACCUGAUAGAAUGGAAAGGCUGGUGUAAGCCUAUUGACACUCCGGCAGCCACGGAAUCAGACUUCAACUCUUAUUCCGACCUCACUGAGGGAGAACAGGAGGCGCGCUUCGCUGCCGGUGUGGCCGAGCAGUUCGCCAUAGCGGAGGCUAAGCUGAGGGCCUGGUCGUCUGUGGACGGCGACGAGUCCAAUGAUGACUCAUAUGACGAGGACUUUCUGCCUGCCAACGAGCCCACCACACAGAGCACAGAUGUGCCAUCGUAUCCACCCUACUUGAAGGACCUGAUCCACAGCCAGCUUUGCCAGCACCUGGGCCUCCGAGGGCCCUCUUGCGAGGGUGGUGGAGGAGGCGGAGAGGGAGGUGGCAGCGGAGAGCCCUCCCCCACGGCCGGCUCCCCGGACACCCUGUGCUCCAGCCUCUGCAGCCUGGACGACCUGGACGAGCACCACCCGCUGCUGCGAGACCUGGGCGGCCACCGUUGCACCCACUCCCACAGCAACGCUGCCGAGCUCGCUGCCAAGAUCCUGUCAGUGCUGCAGGGAGGGGAGGAGCUGCUGCUGGCCCGACUUCAGAGGGCGGGGCAGAACGCGCCCGGUGGCGGGGACUCCGGCUUCCACAGCCUGGGCGGGGGAGGGCGGGGCAUCAGGCCCUGCGGGGGUCAAGACUCUCCUUGCUACUCCAUGUCUUACUCUGAGACGUACCUGUCACCCGGCGAGGACGACGACACCCCCUGCAAGGACUAUGAGAGCACCGUGUGCCAGGUGGAGGCGGAGGGCAAUGGAGUCGAGUACCCGCCCGACUUCGACCCACGCAGGAGGGUCUCUGACGUGGCCUCGUCUGGGGUUGUGUCUCUCGAUGAGGAGGAUGAAGAGGAGGAGGAGAGGGCAGGAGAGCCAAACAACCAAUGACUCCUCUCAUCUCGCCUCAGUGUUUAAUCCCUCCGAGCUCAUUGGAGGGAUUUGUUUUUGGCAACAACUUCCCUCUCUCCUUUAUGGCGUCUGAAGAGUUCGAACCUCCGUGCAUGUUUUUUUUUUUUUUUGACUGAAGCAUCCGUCUUUGCCUUACUUGCAGCAUUUCAAGCCCCUGCCCCCCUUUCCACCCUGUAACUGCUUUUGUCCCCCAUUCGGUGUAUCAAAUCUAUUUUCUUUGAAGGCGUCCAAACAAUCUUUUUUAUCAGUGUGAAAACAGGAGUGCAGGACGUGCCACAGCAGUCCAGUGACUCACCCGUGGGUAUGACGCUCACAGUUUUCGGCUCCGUCUCUACCUGCAAGGCGACUCUAGAAACAGAAGCCACCAACAGGCAAACAGAAUGACUGAGUCCAAAACUCUGACUUAUCUUUGCAUGUGUUUUGCAAGUGCUGAAAUCAAUGGGCUGACCCGGUCUUUAGCACGGUUUGUAAUCUCAGCUGUUCUGUAUAACCCCCGCCCACCUCCCCUGGGAGGGAGGGUUGACACUACACCCUGGGACCUGCCCUUACCUCUCCCUCCUCCCUCCCUGCCCCUACCUUUGCAAGAGACAAAAUAGCAUCCUUUUGGGCAUGGCUUGCUGAGUAUGCCAAACUAUUUAACUCUGUCACUACCAAUUAUGAGCAAAUGCUGGAAUGUCUUCAAAGUGACAGGACAUAGUAUGUAUUUUAACAAAGUUUAAAAAAAGAUUUGUCACAAAUUAUAUGACAGAAAUGAUAUGCUUUUAUUGUACUAGUUUUCUAUCACUCAAACAUGUUGUUGUUCACAUUAUUCCAAACAUCAUUAUGAUGGACAUCUGCCAUAAUGAUCUACGAUAAUGACUACUUUGGUUGUCUUAAAAAAAUACACAGCAGCAGCAGCAGCGACGACAACAAACACUGAGAAUGUUCCUGAAGUGACCCUUCGGUGAUAGGUGUUGGGCAGGAAGUGGAGCGGGUGGAAAAGACAGAAAAGUUUUUUUCUGUGAAGAGAUGAGUUGCAUUGGAGAUUUUCUAUAUUUUUGUAUGCGUUGUCUUGCUUUGAUCUCUUUGCCUAUGCGGCGUGCCAGUGUAUGUGGUUUUUUGCACGAAGCUAACGUGGCUGUAGAUUUCUCCUUUUCUUCGUUAUCACUGUGUGAUAUAGUUUAAUGGGAAAAAAAUAACAAUACAAUGUGAACAAAGUUUUUAUUUUAUUUUUUAUUUCAAAAGAGGAUACUGUGAUACGGUUUGUUAUUGCCAUAUGUCAUGAUCCUCGCGAAGAGCUCUCGUUUCUUUCUUUUUCCCCAAAAUUUCAAAAUGCUCUUCUUUCUUUCCUCUCAUACUGACUCCUGAAAAGCUUUGCCUUUUAUUCUAUGCUUUCCCUUCUUUUCUAUGAUGUUUGUGAAAAGGCAUGUUUAUUUGACACAUGCAGAAACUCCCAUCUCCCUGGUGAUGUGUGGAGCCCCGUUGAGGUUCUCCCAGAGGGACUGUCAUUCAUACAACUCAGGAAAUCCCAUUGGACCAGAGCAUCAAUGCAUCCCGCCUGCACGCAUAACACCACUCGUCUCUCAUCCUCCGCGUGUGUGCUUGUGUGGGUGCAUUUUUGUAUGUGUGCGAGAGAGAAAGCCUUGUGUGCAUAGUUAUUUUCUACAAAUAAUUAAAGCACAGAUUCAGCCCCCUCAUCCUUCUUUACUGUUUAGAUAAGCCUCAAUGUGCGAGUCCGUAUGUUUGGAGUUUUGUGCAAAUGUGUGUGUGUGUGUGUGUGUGGCUGUAUUGUAAGAUGUCAGCAAGCUCCUUAAGCUUGCACGGUAUAUCCAUUCCAAAACCCCUCCAAUGCAGCGAUUCCCUUUAAAGCAGUGUCUGGUGUAGCUGAGCUCUCUCGUUGGAGGUUGAACUUUUACUGGUGCUGGAGAUAUAUAUAUAUAUUAAAAAAAAGCAUACAGUACAUAACAUCUGAAAAUGAUCUUGAAAAUAUAGAUGGAUGACGUUGCUAAAAAUCAGCUGACUUCUGAACUCAAAAUGAAAACGAGGAGUCCCAGUCAGGAGAGUUGGAAAAGACAGCGACAACUCAGGGGGAACCAUUGAAGCUGUGCCUUUCAUUCGUCACCUUUGACCUCCCAAGUUGCACCAUCAUCAUAUCCUCUAUGCUGUCGCUCAGGCUAGAGCUUGGCUCCCUUCCCCUUCUCCCUCCUCCCUAAAUGAGCAGGAGUAAAACGCUACUAAAUUCAGCUCAACAGCGGCACCACACAUCCUGUUGCAUCCCCUGUGUGUAUUCUCCCGCUGUAGCUGGAGGUUACAGCGGGCCGAUUGUCCUUUUGGUUGACAUUAAAAGCCGGGCGAUGCUGGCGAGGCGAGGUUGUGCUUUUGUCCUGGCGCGAUGACGAUAACGCGCCAUUGUUCACCCCCUCUCCUCCUCUAUUUAUCAGUCUGUCCGCCACAGUGCAUUUGCUCUCCCUGGGCACUGCAUGUGUGAGAUGGUGUGAGUGUGUGAGAGAAGACGGGCACCUUGGUGUGAUGCGUUUUUCAUUCACCCAGCUGUCUUGUUCUCUCUCUCACAUGGAGUGUGUUUUUAAUUGUCACUUCUGAGGACCAUGACUACAUUCAUUUAUCCAGACUUAACCUGGAUCCUAACCCCAUCCUGAAUCUAAUCUAACCCUAAAUCCAAGUCCUAAUCCCAUUGUAGAAGUGGCACGUUGGUGGAUUGCCACAUCUUUCUAUCCUUAUAAGAACAUUUAGUCCUCGAACAGAAUAGAAUAGAAUUGGAAGACUUCCCGUUGACACACACACAGACAGCCUGAUGAAUGUUUACCCUCUCUAUCCUUCUGUCUCUGUCCUGUCAUUUCCUGACCCCUCACCGUCCUCUCCUCUCCUCCCACCCCUUUGUCUCUGUCCUUUCCUCUGCUUCCACUCUCCCCCUCCUCUCUUUCUUUCCCUCCCUCCUUCCAUCCAUCCGUCCCCACAGGGGGCUUAUUACAUAACCGAGAGGAUGUCUGAGUGCUACCUUUGCCGACAGGCAAUUAGCCCGCGAUUAUGAAACCGCCUGAUGAACAGGAGAUGCGUAUCUCUCUCCUGUCUGUCUUUUUUUUCCACCCUUGUGUCUUUUUCCCCUUCGCUCCAUGUGCGCCCUCCCUUUCUCUCUCUCUACCCCCCUCCUCACUGCCGCAAGCUCUUUCUAAGUGACAUCUUUUGAGGUUAGCUGUCCCAGAAAACUCCUAGUGGUUUGUGGAAAGCAACGGAUGAUGAAGGGAAGUGUUUCUCGCUCUCCUCUCUGUUCGGAAGUGAUUAAUAUUUUGUAGCCUAAUAACAGAAAAGCACCCCGCUGUCCUUGAGUCAGACAGAUGUCUUUAGAGUGAAACAUGUUUCUUUUUGUGUGAGUGUGUGUCUUUGGGCAGUGUGUUUUAGUUUGUUGCUUCAGGCAAGCGCUGACAUUGGAUACCUAUCAGAAAGAAGAGGUCCAAAUUCUCUCUCUAUGUGUGUGAGAGUGUGUGUGAUAGUGGCGGGAGAACCCAGUGCUAUAAAAAGACAUCAAAACAUCUGUCGGACAGUGUCAAGACAGGAGGGCGUAUGAAUAUUCAGUUGGUGGUGGCACCCCUGUCACCCUAUAGCCUACUUACCAUUUUAGAACAAAGCUAAAGGGCCUUGGGACCUCUCUCCCCACACCACCAGCCCCCACUGGUGAAUAUUAGGACAAAACCUGCGAACACAACUGAGACAGAGUGUGAGAACUGCUGUAGGAACUGAAUAUAGAGAGUGUAAUCCUCACAGAGAGGGAGAGAGAUGGUCUGUGUUUAACCCACAUUAGCCUCCACUGUUGUAAUUAAAACAUCCCACAAUCCUCAGGGGGGGCGGGUGCACAUAGUGACACCGGGCACUCAC